AUGCCAACGGUGGAGCUUUCCCUUCACCUGGAAACUCCACCCAAGAACAAAAUGAUCCGACAUAACAGAACCGGUGGAGACGAGAAACCAACGAACAUAUCUUGCAAAAGAACCGAAGAUAGAUCUCUGACAGUAGAAACAAGCGGUUUUCUAGGUUUAUCCUUUGAACGGAGCCAUCGUCACAUCGAUUUGAUGUGUAAAGACCAUCGUAAUCGACCCAAACCUGCAUCGCUUACGACUGAUCAAAGUCAGAUUCUUAAACUGACCAGUCUCUCGUCCCAGUAUCCAGCUCGUCGAACUGUUUAUCGACUCAAGCUGUUGAUAUCGAUUCCGACAUGGUUAUCGUCCGGAUCAUUGAACUCGGAAUUCGAAUCGUGUCUAAUUCGACAGCGAACACAUGAUUUGUGUCAUUACCGUUGUUGUGACGUUGAAGAGACCCAUGUAUUGGCUGGCAUCGGCGAUACGGGAGGCUUGCUUAGGAGCGACGACAAAGGCUAUGCCGCCGCUAAGUAUCGGACGAGAGUGAUGGCGAAGACAAAGGUUGUAGAGAAGGACGAGACGUUGCCGUUUGGAGAAUCUUUGAACCGGAUUGGUUUGGUAUAG